CACCUACGCUGGGUGUGGGCCGGGCGGGGCAGACUGGGCUGGGGCGGAGCUGAGAGCAGUGUGCCUUUCGCUUUCCCUUUCGUGCUCUCCUGCGGCCACCGAAGUUCUGCGCAAGUGAGAGGGCGGCCUCCCCGGUAUCUGCCUCUGCUCCCGGAACACCGCGCCUCACCGUUGCACACAGGUUGUACCACGUGGCCUUACUCCGGACUGCCCUGCGGCUGGCGCGGACCUACCGACCGGUCGACUCGCGCUGGAAGCGAAUGUACCUCAGCGGUCCCUCUCUGCGGAGUCCAGGGCGCCAUGCAAUCCCCGCCGGACUGGCCCCCUGUACAGGACGCCCUCCGGCCCUCGCCUUUCCCACACCCCUUGCUGCACGUCCUCCACACCGUUGCCCGCAUGCUGCUCUUCCCAGCCUACUGGGCCCAGGACCAGCUGCUGCGCUGCUGGGCACCGACGGCACGCCCCAGUGGCUGGCGGCGGCUGAGGGCGGCCGCCCUGGCUCCUCCCUGCCGAGCCCACGCGCUGCUUCCUCUUCUUCACCGCUAAUCUGUGCCUGCUCCCCGACGGGCUGGCGUGCUUCAGCAAUCUGUCGCAUUGCCAGCAACGGGCCGAGGCCAUUGGUGCCGCGCUGCUCAGCGGCCUGCGGUCCUCGCUCUACGGGUCUGUGGACUGCAGCCAGCCACAGUCGGAGGCACCGCGCGGGGUGCUGACGGCUGCGGUGCCUGCCCGCCUGGACUUCGUGUGCCUGCAGGAAGUGUUCGACCUCCGUGCGGCUCGGCGACUGGUGCGCCGCCUAGCGCCAAAUCUAGGCCCGGUGCUGUUCGAUGUGGGCACACUAGGCCUUCAGCCUGGACCGCAUCUCAAGCUGCUGGGCAGCGGGCUGCUGCUGGCCUCGCGCUACCCGCUGCUGCGCGCCACCUUCCGUUGCUUCCCCAAGGCGCGCGGGGAGGACGCGCUGGCCUCUAAGGGACUACUGUCCGCACAGGCACAGCUGGGCGUCCAGGACGGGCGCCGCGUCGUGGGAUUCCUGCACUGCACGCACUUACAGGCACCUACUGAGGACGGGCCCUUGCGCUGCAAACAGCUGACGCUGCUGCUAGAGUGGGCGGAGCAGUUUGAGUCGGAGAGCUGCCUGGCGGAGGAGGCCGUGGCCUUCAGCGUGCUACUGGGUGAUCUGAAUUUCGACAACUGCUCCCAAGACCACGCUCAGGAGCAGGAGCACACUCUCUUCAGCCGCUUCCAUGACCCCUGCCGGCUGGGCACACGCAGAGAGCAGCCCUGGGCUCUGGGGACGUUACUGAGCACGUCCAUGCUCCACCACUCGGUGGCCAGCUCCCCAGAGCGGCUGCGGAGGGCCCUGGAACAGGAGAAAGGCCGCCACGUCUACCUGGCAGGCCCCCCCAGCGGAGGCCACCCGCCUCGGCCCUGGCUGGGCCGGCGCCUGGACUACAUCGCAUACCGGGCGGCGCCUGGAAGCCAGCUGAACCCAGAGGUGGAGCGGGUGACGUUCAGCACGGCCCUGGCGGGGCUCACAGACCACCUGGCCGUGGGCCUGCAGCUCCGCGUGUCGGUGCCCUCGUGAGGCAGAAGCACAGCGGCAGGGGCACAGGCCACUAGGGAUGCAGACGCGCAGCCAGCGGCUU